GGCGCUCUGGGACAUUUUUGCGAGUGUUGUGGUCCUUGGUGUCAGCAGCACGGAACGGAUUCAACGGAACAUGGCAGUGCAACGAUGGCUGCCUGGUUCUCCCUAACCCUGUACGUGCUGUUGACAUCCAAGCUCAUAUGUGGCCGUCUUCCGGAAGGGUCUGAAAAUGGAGAAGAAACGAGCACCAACAAGAAAAGUGGUUGGGAAGGUCAUCUAGAUUCAUCCGAUGAGAACAAAAGAAAGAAUGUGAUAAAUGAUCAGAUGGGUGUAUUGGGGUCAAGUAGAAGCAAUGAAUUCCCCAAGCAGAGCCAGAAUUUAAAUUUUUCAAAGGAAUUUGAUCAUGAUGCAGAUGAUGAAAUUUUAGAAGCACUGCAAAAUGCACCAACAGAAGAUCAUAUCAUCUCUGAAAGUCCAGAUGGCAAACUUAUAGAAAAUCCUGUGCCUCCCACAUUCAAUGAGAGCAUGGAUAAAAUAUCAUGCAUUAAAUGCAGGACACCUUACUGUAAUGAUGUUACAGAAUGCCAUAAUGCACUCAGGUGCUGGAAAGCUCGAAAUCGCCAAGAAGAUGGUACGGAAUUAAUGUCAAGAGGGUGUAUUAACCAGCCAGAUCAAGUUGCUAUGUUAUGUGGAAUCAAAGAACAGUUGGACAAACCUUUUAAGCUUGAGUGUUGUCAGAAGAACUAUUGCAAUAAUGGCAGUUUUCCAGUUUUGCCACCAGAACCAAAUUCUUAUCCUGAAGGCUUCCAGCUCUUCUUUGUACAUGUUCUACCUGUACUUAUAGUGAUAUUUAUUGCUGUGAUUGUGGUUCUCUUUUUACGACGUGCUCACCAACGUCGAAUGCGGGAGUUUGCAGCUGCUGCUGCAUCUACUUAUCCUCAGUCUCAUGGCAUGUAUAGAGAUGACCUGCGAGUGACUACACCUGGAGAUUCAACUCUUUUGGAAAUAUUUAAUGACAACAUGACAUCUGGAAGUGGAUCUGGACUACCUCUCCUAAUUCAGCGUACAUUAGCAAAGCAGAUUCAUCUGGCAAAUGUUAUUGGAAAGGGUCGCUAUGGUGAAGUUUGGUGUGGUAUUUGGCAAGGAGAAACUGUUGCAGUCAAAAUCUUUUUCUCACGUGAUGAGGCUUCAUGGGAAAGAGAGACAGAAAUAUAUAGCACUGUUCUACUUCGGCAUGAAAACAUUUUGGGCUUCUAUGGGUCUGAUAUGACAUCACGUGGGUCCUGUACACAGUUGUGGCUGGUCACCCACUACCAUCCACGAGGAUCAUUGUACGACUACCUUAAUAACCAUACUCUUGAUCAUUCAGCUCUGAUGUUAAUCGCACUAUCGACAGUUAAUGGGCUACUCCAUUUACACACAGAAAUAUUUGGAACACAAGGGAAACCUGCCAUAGCUCACAGGGAUAUAAAAUCAAAGAAUAUUCUUGUAAAGACAAAUGGUGCAUGUGUAAUAGCAGAUUUUGGUUUAGCUGUAAUGCACACGCAAACAACUGGAGAGAUUAAUCUUGGAAAUAACCCAAGAGUUGGAACCAAACGUUAUAUGAGUCCAGAGGUUCUCAAUGAAACAAUCAACAUGAGUGUGUUUGAAUCCUUCAGGAAAGUUGAUAUAUAUGCUUUAGGACUAGUUUUGUGGGAAGUAUGUCGACGGUGCGUAUCAAAUGGUAUAUGGGAUGAAUACAAGCCUCCAUUUUAUGAUGCUGUUCCCCAUGAUCCUAGUUUUGAUGAUAUGAAGAAAGUUGUGUGUAUAGACCAGUACCGUCCAACAAUUCCAAACAGAUGGACAAGUGACCCGGUGCUGGCAGGAAUGUCAAAAAUAAUCCGGGAGUGCUGGCAUCAGAAUGCAAGUGUACGUCUCACAGUCUUAAGAGUGAAAAAGUCUCUUGUGAAAUUAGCCCAAGAGGAAACCAAGGUCAAGCUGGAUUUUGACUUUUGACCAAGAAAUUUAUGUCAAGUACAAAGAGAUUUAUUUUGUAAUUACAUAUUUUAUAUGUAAUGUUGCCACUACUACUACUGUUUAUGUUAGUGCAAGGACUUGAGGGAGUGUUCGUGUUGAGAUAAUAAGAUUUGUUUUGUAUAUAGAUGCUGAGCAUUGAACUCUUGUGUGUGAUACAGGGUGUAGUCUUGUAAUACUUCGUUUGUGAUGUCCAAGAGUUUAUUUCUGUGGCCUUCUUACAAUAAAGUAGAGAUUUGUUUAUAUGGCAGCAAAAUGCAAUUAUUUUCUUUUUAAAAAACUGGUUCUCUUUAACUGCUUGUGUAAUACUGUCCCUUACACAAGUUCCAUAAGUUAAACAAAUAAUAAUUAAAUAAAAAUGGUACUGUGCAAUGUACAUAAUAAUUAUGUAAGCAUGCACUACUGCAUUGUUGUUGCAGUAUAGCAGUAUUAAUGCACUCCAGCUUUAUUAAAAAGUUCUCAUGCAAAGCUAUGGCAAUCUUUAGUAUAUGGAAAUUUAUAUUUUGGGAUUAAUUCUUUUACUAGGAUUGCUGUAAAUGUGUUUUGAUAAAUCUUGGCAGUAUAUUCAGUCAUUGUAAUAUGUGAAACCCUGUACCAUUAGUAUGGUCAAAUACAGCAUUACUUUUGAUUUUCACAUAUGCUACUGUGUGCUGUCUAGUAUGUGGUGCAGUCUGAUCUCAUAAGAUGGUUUAAUUUGAUAUUAAGAGUAUGUUAACAGGAUCAUUUAACAGUAAUCCAGAAGAAUUUUAUCCAUAGUAUAUUUUUGUACCAAAGUACUCUACAGUAUAUUGCAGUGUACAAUGUGAAGUUUGCACUGUGCAUUUAAAAAUGCUUUACUGUAUUGCCUUUGAAGGAUGGGUUUUCCUCAUUCUUCUUCUCGUUUUUUACUUAAUUUUUGAUACAGCCGAAGGUAUCAAAAGUGCUUUUUCUUACUUGAUAUUUUUUUGUGCAGUGAAGGAUUUUAAAUUUGGUCAUGCUAUUAUUGCAUGAAACAGUAAAACAAUAGAAAAAUAGAUUUUUAGUAACUAUGAUACGUAUAGGGGAAAUAAUACAGUAAUAAUAAAUGUAGCGCCCCUAAACUUGUCCAUGGUGUUUGGAAAGUAUAGACAUCGUGUUUUCACUGUUUAUAUUGAGUUCAAUGGACUGUUUAGAUAUUCACCAGUACUUAAUCUACUUUUGGUUUACAUUGUAAUUUCUGUUGCUCAUGUUCUUUUAAAGAACACUAUGAAGUAUUUGCUUUAAAAAUAAUGUGUGAAUCUCACUGCUUUUAGCCGCUGGGUUUAGACAUAACUGCUGUCUUCAUGUGUUCAGCCAAUUUUAAUAUUGAUGUGGUCUUUCAAAGUACACUUAGUUUUGUUGAUCACAGUUGAAGGGUUACUAUAAACCUGUAUUAAAAAUACAUAAUGAAUUCUGGAAUUGUUAACUCUGUCAUUCAUAAAUAUCCCAUGGUGUUUAAAAGAUAUUUAUGCAAUGUGAAAGAUGUGUAUUUUGUCUAUACAUAUUGAUAUAUGAAUUAUCAUUUGUACUACUGUACGGAGAUAAUCAUAAAACUUAAUUUUGUAAGAGGUGUUUUAUUUUUAUUAUAUAUAUAUAAAAAUGCCAUUGAAUAAAUUUUGUGAUUUGCUGUCAUUUUAAUUGGUUAUUGUGAACUAAUUUUUUGUUAUUACAAUUGAAAUUUAUUAAUUAUUGUGAAGUAAUUUUUUUGUUAUUACAAUUGAAAUUUAUUAAUUACUUUAACAGCUUAGACUAUUAAUUGACAGCUUUCUCACAUAAAUGUUGAUAAUGUUUUUUGUACAACUGUCUUAUGCUUUUCAUUGCAGAGAAUGUUACUUUAAUCCACCUAUCAUCUAUAAGUUUUUAGUAUACCCUUACACAUGUCUGGCUGCCUAUCCUAUAUCUGUCAUAUCAGUCUCAAUUUUUGUUAAUCUUUUGUUAGUUUAAUUAGAACUCAAUAUAUCAUAA